GGUAAACCAGCUCGAAAGCCGUUAAGUAUAACGGUUGUCGUGAGAUGGCACGAUCACCGUUUAAAUUUGACUUGCUUGUAGGUGACGCGUGCGCAUGUCGGAAAGUAACUCUGUCAGUUAGUUGGUGGCGUCGCGUAACCGUGGAACAGUGCUGGUGUAAUAAUGCUGCUUGAUAUAUGAUUAUUUAUUGUUUCCGAGAGCGUAAAUAAAUAGCCGGUGUGGUAUGAUGUAGUAACAGGAGUUCGGAUCUCCAUGGUUGUUCGAUAUUCGAGUUAGUCGUUAUGGCGAACUACGUAGUUCCGAUGAACGAAGAGGUUAAGAACAGAAUAAGCUGCUUGAGCUGCUGGGUCAAGUCCGAGAACCCGGACACGGUUGUCACAUGUAAACCGUCGCGCGAUAUUAUAAUUUACCAUGACUUUAAUCUUUGUUGCCGGUCAUCGCACUCCACUACUCUUCACAGUUGGAAUUUUCGAAUUGUGGCGCACGGUAAAACGUUACAUAAAGUAACAUUGUCGUUGAACCGGCAUCAACAGAACUUUUUCCUGCAAUCCGUGACUGAUAUAGCUGGUGGUAUGCUCGGAACAUGCGAUGGUCAAACAUGGUAUGCCACCACAUCGGAGAACUCUCCUGAAAGUACCAAAGAAUAUUAUGUAAAAAUUGGUUUCAUGGCUAACCAGUUCGGCACCUAUAGACAGAACGUUAUCUUUUAUUUCGGAGAGUAUCCUGUUGUACUUCAGAGACUGUGCAUGGAUUGUGCGCCAUUCGAUGAUUUCGUGAGAAUAGAUAAUGCCACGAGCUACCAGUUCUCCCAGACCCCGAAGAGCCUGUUCACCAAUCCUGUGCAAUUACACAGAUUCGAGUCGCCAUUCGUGCCGCAGAGAGAUCCUAAAGAAGAUCAACUCUCCAAGAUAUACCCUUUCCCUGAUAAAAGCAACUUUUUCUUAACUCAAGAGACCCUUACGGACAAGCAUCUGACACCAGAGAAUUACAGGGGCCGUCUUCAUGAGUUAAUUACCAUAGAAGAGAUAGCCAGGCACGAACAGAUAGCCAGAUACAAUGUAAUUGCGCACAUGCACCUCGUUUCUUAUUACAUUUUGAGUUCCUUGGGCGACGCGUCCACGAUAGCUAAAUACGCAGCUCCCGGUGAGCUCUUCGGUCAGCUACCGUUAAACCGCAAUAUCUCAGAGGAUACGAAAAGCGGCCGACUGUUCCUAAGAAGUUGCAACACGGUGUUGUUCAAGUGCUUAGCGGAGAACUACGAGUUUUCAGCAAUCUACGAGGCUUACAUAGAGGACAAGUGUGCUCAGAACGUAUACGUCAGACUCUCGAAAGAUUGUGUGAAAGAUUUGAACUUGCACGCGAACAUGGAGCUGAUGGUGCGGGUGCAAUUCGUUCUGAAUCGUUUGCCCUUCUGCGAAUGGCACAGGGCGGUGGACAGCCUGCCGGACGUAGGGCUAGUCUUCUUAAGCAAGGAGCAAGUAGAGCUGAAUACGGACAACAUCGUUCAGCAGUUGCAGACUAGCAUGAACGCGUUGACCGAAGACUGGAAAUGGUUAUUGAUGGAGAUGAUGCUAAAUACGGAGCAGAAGAGGGCCUUGGCCAUCAUGACGGCUCCCGCGGAGAUAUCCAUGCCGCCUCUGUUGUUGCUGGGCCCAUUUGGAACUGGGAAGACUUACACUAUAGCCGAGGCACUCUGCAUCCUGCUCGUGAAAAGCCCCGACAACAAGAUCCUCCUCUGCACCCACAGCAACAGCGCCGCGGAUCUAUACGUGAAGGAGUUUUUCGACAACUGGUACAAGACGAAAAACUGUCCCCGUCUUAGGCCAGUUAGGAUCUACUAUAAAGGUCGAGCCAAGAACACGGUGCAUCCGGUGGUCCUCGAGUACAGCUUGAUGAAGACCAACGGUACCUUCCGCGACCCGACCGAAGAGGACCUAAGGGAAUGCAAUCUGGUCGUGACCACCUUGGCCACCGCCAGUUCCUUAAUCCACCUGAACCUCAGAUUUAGCCACAUAGUGAUCGACGAGGCCGCUCAGGCGCUCGAGUGCGAGAUUCUGAUACCUUUGUCCAUGGCCACCCCGCAGACACGUUUGAUCUUCGCCGGAGAUCAGAUGCAACUCGCCCCCGAGAUCUACAGCAACUUGGCCAGCGAAAGGGGUCUCGGCGUGAGCUUGCUCGAGAGGAUCUAUACAAUGUACCCGCAGACCCAUCCUUGUAGAAUACACCUUUGUCAGAAUUACCGCUCUCACAACGACAUCAUUAAAUUCACCUCCGAAUUGUUUUACGACGGCAUCGUGCACCCCGGUAACAAUCUGCUGCUGCAACACCCUACGAUGGAUCCUUUGACCUUCUUCGCUGUCACGGGUAGCGAGAUGCCGGACGAGCAAUCAACGGGCUACGCUCAUCCAGGGGAGGUGAACGAGAUUGUGAACCGCGUCUUGCAGCUGAAGAGCAGCUGGCCGACGAGUCGAUGGGGUGCAUACGGCGAGGGUUCGAUCGGCGUGCUAGCCUGCUACGCCGAACAGGUGCAAAUGAUACGUACGAAGCUGCGGAAGCACAAGCUCGCGGAGGUGUCGGUCGAAAGAGUGCUGAACGUCCAAGGGAAGCAGUUCACUGCGGUGUUCAUCAGCACCGUUAGGAGCAGAUCCUGCUGUAGAUACUCCGCGGAGAAGAACAUGAAGGACUACGGGUUCCUGACGAACCCGAGGCUCCUCAACACAGCCAUCACGCGUGCCAAGUGUCUCGUGGCUGUGGUCGGUGAUCCAGUGGCGUUGCUCACCGUUGGAUCCUGCCGGAAGCUAUGGCAGAGGUAUCUGGAGGUGGCUGAUCUCCAUGGGAUCGACCACGAGACCCUCAAGUACCAUCUCAGAAUGAUCCCGGAGCUGCCGAGGACCACGCCGCUAAACCCGUUGGCCAAGGAGUUCGUGCCCAGAAACCUGCAGACCUGCUGCUCGAUCGAUUACGUUCCGGUGUUGAUGAAGUAUCCGGUCGUUCAUUGCCGCGUUCUAUGGAAGUAGUUCUUGUUCUUUCACAAGUAUUCAUUAUUGGUUUUAACUGAUAUUUUAAUUGAUUUGACUUCUCGCAAACAGAGUAUCUUGCGUACGCUGCGUAUUUUUAUCUCGAUAAUAGAAUAUUUUCCUUUUAAUGUUCGAUGUAGCAAUGUUCGGAUUUUUAAUUUUAUAAUUUGUUGAGAUCGUAGACCCGAUCUUUUGUUGUUUUUAGGGGGGUAACAUGCAAUGUCAAGGCCAGUUUUAGAGCUAUCGUUCUACUGUUGGUAAUUAUUAUUAGGUUUUCGCGGUACAAUCGUAAGAUACUCGGACGAACAUUAUCCUUUAUUUUGGAAGUGGAUUUUUACUUGAUUUUUACCCCUUUUCGUUGGUUUUGUGACGAAAUAGCGUAACGAUAAAACGCGUUGCGAUUAGGGAACUUCUGUUUUGCUGAAUGUUCUUUUGAUCGAAUUAGAUUUGUUUUGGGGCAUUGUAGAAUUUGUGUUUGGGCUCUCGAUGUUUUUUCGGGACGGUGCUCUGUGUUUUUCGUAGACCGUUGUCGAGCGACUCGAUGCAUGAGGUGACCGAAAAUGCGGUGGUUUUAUAUUUUUCGGUUAUGACUUUUGGUGUGACCGUAAUCGAUCGAAAGGUCGCCUUCGUGUUGCUGCUCGUGUUUGUGUCCAUAGUUAUUCUAUGUUGAUCUUCGGGAACGUAUAGAGCGCCGUUUUCGAAAAGACGUUCGGGAUAGUUGUACGAUUCGUUCCAACGAUGAUACUUUACGUUUUACGUGAUAAUGACGUAAUUGAACGAGAAUUUUCGCCGCUUCCUUCUUUUCCAGUUAUCAUGCUUUCAAUCGAUAUUGAACUCCAAUUUAUUGUACAGAUAUCUAUAUAUGUAUAGUAUAUAUAUACACAACACUCACACACACAGAUCUAUUAUGACUCUAUUUUUUAUUUCGUCGACCAAUCCUCGUCCGGCGAACGUUGGAUCGUCUCGAUCGAUUCCUCGAGAUGUAUAUUUACACUGAUUAUUCUUAGACUGUCCGUUUUAUGCAUCGAUAGCACCGGUUGAUAAAAAUGCAAUUAAAUAAACGCUGAAACAUCGACGAACCCUCUUAUCUUUUUUUUUUACCUCCGGCUAUAGCUGUAAGACGGAAAAUAAAAUUCCGAUGGUUGUCACGGCACUCGGGGCCAAGAUGCAUUUAUCGAACAGUUGCUUUUCAUACGCUGCUUUCUGCAUUUCAAUCUGGGGGAGGGGGGAGGGUGGGGGUGCGGUAAACACGAAUUCGAUCGACUGAGUUGCAAAUCGACGGUCGAAUUUUCAACGAACGUCAAGCAAGAUAAAAUUUCAAUCGGUUCAUUAAUUCGAGCAUACAUUGAACCCUGUUACGAUACACACCGUGUUGCUAUUAACGUAUAAGAUCCGCAGUCUAAUCGCGAGUCGGAAUGAUCCGCGUCCGCCGCUCGACGACCGAAUCUCUUAUCGUAGUCCAGAGUCUCUUCACAAAUAUAAAUCCUACUACUCUUCGUUGUAUAGACAAGAUUUUAUGAUAAUCUAUUUUGUAUAUGGAUAAAAUACAGACGAUAUACACGUACGCGUACACCGAUUUCUUUUUCAUCGAAGUACGACUGUAUAGAGGAGCCAACGCUUCCACCUGUGUGCUCUCGCAUUUUUAUGAAAGCCUCAGAAAUAAAGGAAACGUCUGCACCUUAA